AUGGCUGAUAAAGAAGCCGCCGCGGCCGUCACUCUGAAGGACCGCUUCGAAAAGCUAGAGAAGCUCUUCACCAUUCGACCCACGCUGCUGGAGGAUAAAUCUAUCAGCUGUGAACUACUCAUCGACCUACUGAUUGCCGUCUACACCGACAUUCAACGAAAUACCCGAAACAAUCGAGAUAAGAACUCAUCUACCUUUAAAUUUGUUGAAUUUGUAAAGCCGCUAGUGGAGCGUGUCAAUCAGCUGCAGCUAAAGUCAAAUGAUUUCGAGCAGCUAAAGAUAAUUGGCAAAGGCGCCUUUGGUCAGGUUUCACUGGUAAAAUGCAAGGAAAGUCAGCACAUCUUCGCGAUGAAGGUGCUGAACAAGCUGGAGAUGGCGAAGCGGGCGGAGAAGGCCUGCUACCGCGAGGAGCGGGACAUUCUGCUGCACGGCUCGAAGGAGUGGUUCACCCGACUGCACUACUCAUUCCAGGACGCGGACAAUCUCUACCUGGUGAUGGACUACUACAUUGGGGGCGACUUUCUGACGCUGCUCUCCAAGUACGACGACACACUGCCCGAAGACAUGUGCCGCUUCUACGCGGCGCAGAUGAUACUCGCCAUCUCCGCACUGCACGACAUGGGCUUCAUUCACCGCGACAUCAAGCCGCAUAAUAUUCUCAUCGACUCCUCUGGCCACAUUCGACUGGCUGAUUUUGGCUCCUGUGUCAAGGUACUGAAAUCUGACACCUCGACGCCAGUAGGAACUCCCGAUUAUAUUUCCCCUGAAAUCCUAACCGUCAUCGAGGGCAAACCUAAUAUCCCCUACUCCUACGAAACUGACUGGUGGUCGCUGGGCAUCGUCAUCUUCGAGUCGUUCUACGGAGAGACGCCCUUCUACGCCGAGUCACUGGUGGAGACGUACUACAAAAUUAUGAACCAUUACAAAUUUCACUUUAAGUUUCCUGUGAACGCCCAAGUGACGGACGAGGCCAAGGACCUAAUAUCGAACCUGAUCACCGACCGCAGCUCGCGCUACAAGACCAUCGACCAGUUCCGGAGUCAUCCCUGGUUCACCGGCAUCGACUGGGAGCAGGUGCGCUACCAGGAGCCACCCUAUCGGCCCGCCUUCACCGGCCCCGAGGACACCUCCAACUUUGACACCUCGGACAUCAAGCCGAUCAACAACAAUCCCAUCGCCGCCAUUGCCGGCAAGCAGGACGCCAAUUUGGAGCUGUCCUUUGUCGGCUUCACCGCCACCUUCACCAGCGAGGCGGCCACCGACGAGGACAAGUCGCUGCAGUCGGCCAUUCUGCAGAGUCUAAAGCUGGACGAUAAUGCCGAGAACUGCAGUGUCUCCUCAGCAACAGCGGUGGCGGCAGCCAAAGCGCCGGCUGAGCCUUCGCCUUCAGCAGCUAAAGCCCUAGCUGAAAGCUCGCCACCCUCAUCGCCUGCCCCGUCAUCACCGGUGCCCUCACCAGCACCCUCACCGCUGAUGGACGCCGACACGAAGGCGCAGAUCAGCCUGCUGGAGAGCCGGCUGAAGGCUGCCACGCAGGAGUGGAGCGAAAUGUCGGUGCUGCUGACGGAAAUUAAGAAGGAGAAGAACACCCUGUCGGAUAAGCUGCGCGUCAAGGAGGAGGAGCUGGACGAGCAGAUUGAGAAGAACUCGCAGCUGCGGGUGCAGAUACGGAGUUGCGAGAAGACGAAGCGGGGCCACCUGGAGGAGAUUGCCAACCUGCAGACGGAGGUGAACACGAUGAAGAUCGGCAGAAAGCAAGAUCAAAGCAGCCUGAAGGAGCUGCAGGACAAGCUGGAGCUGCUGGAGCGGCAGCUGCAGGUGGACACCGAGUCGAGUAAGAUGCUGAGCAAUGAGAAGACGCUCUUCCUCAAGCGGGUGGCCGACCUGGAGGCGCAGGUGCUGACGCUGGAGGAGGAGAACGAGGGGCUGAAGGGCGAGUGCGCCCAGGCGAGGCAGUGGGCCCAGCGGCUGACCGGCCAGGUGCAGGCCAUUGGCGAGCAGAGCGUCCAGUGCGAGGGCGAGCUGAAGGACCUGGCGGCGAUCAUCACCGAGGAGCAGCAGCACCGCACGCAGAUGGAGCAGAUGGUGGAGGCGCUGGAGUUCAGUGUUAAGAGGUACAGGAGGUACAACGAGCAAGGAGUACAGACUAAUACUAAUACUGAUAUUGCUACCAAUAGCAGCAACGGCGGCAGUGGCGGAAGUACUAACAACAACAGCGGCGAAAAUGUCAUUGCCAACAGUGCUCAGGAGCUGUCGUCGGCAACGGGAACACUGUCGAAGAAUGAUUCAGGUGCUGCAGGAGGUGGCACUGGCACCAUCAACCCCAACCACAACAACCCCGCCAGCUGGCAGGAGCGACGGUCGGUGCGGGAGGACAAGCAGAAGCUGCACAUGCUGCAGGUGCAGGUGAACAUCGAGGUGGCGGAGAAGCAGAAGAUUCAGUCGGAGCUGACGAAGCUGCAGCAGGACUUUGACAGCCUUCUCUUUCAGCUGAAUGAGUCCAAGGGAGAGGUGGCACGGCUGAAGAAGCAGCAGCAGCAGGCCAAGACGUCGGGCAGCAACCUGGCGCUCUCCACCGGCGGCGACACCUCAGUGGGCGGUGUAAGGAGUAGUGACCACAAUGAAAGCGACUCUGACCAGUACCGCGGCAACUCGCUGCUCAAUGAGUACCUGAUGCUUGAGAAGAGCGGGGGCGGAGGUGGCGGCAGCCGAAGCAGCAGUGCCCUCCUCCAGCAGCACUCAUCGGCGCUCAGCAAUCACAGCAAUUAUGGCAGCAACAGCAAGCGACAAAGUCUGAUUGGUGGAGGUGGUGGUGCCCACCAGCAGCAGCACUACGAGCUGAGCACCGCCACCACCGGCAGCACCAGCCAGGACAACUUUGACUACCACAACAAGUUCGGCCACUCCUUCAUCAUUCGGACCUUUAUCACGCCGCUCAAGUGCUACAUCUGCACCUCGCUGAUGAUCGGUCUGGUGCGCCAGGGCUACGUGUGCGAGGUGUGCGGCUACGCCUGCCACGUCGGUUGCGUCGACCUCGGCUCGCCCUGUCCCUUUGACGAGUCGAAGCAGCGCCCGGUGGGCAUCGACCCGCAGAAGGGCGUCGGCACCGCCUACGAGGGCUACGUGAAGAUUCCCAAGCCGAAGGGAGGCGUGCGCAAGGGAUGGGUGCGCAUGUACGUGGUGGUGUGUGACUUUAAGCUCUUCCUCUACGACAUUAUGAACGCGGGCGAGGCGCAGAGCGCCGGCCUGAACUACUCGGCGCUGCCCAACAUUGACCCGCUCAUCAAUCCGCCCUCCAUUUCUGCGAACACCAUCAUCGAUAUGAGAGACGAGCACUUCAGCGUGAGCGACGUGACGGAGAGCGACGUGAUUCACGCCUCGCCGAAGGACAUACCCUGCAUCUUUCGCAUCACUACCUCAAUGAUUGGCGGCCCGGAGGGCGACGGGCGGCAGAUCUUCACGCAGCUGAUGCUGGUCGACAAGGAGAGCGAGAAGCGGAAGUGGAUUGACGCACUGCAGGAGCUGCACCGCAUCAUUCGCCGCAACAAGAUACCUCACCGAAAUAUUCUUCGCAACUACCACCUGCUGAACAUGGUGCAGAUGAACGCCCUGCGGCACAUCAACAACGUCUACUGCUGCACGCUGAUUGACGAAACGCGCCUGCUGAUUGGCUGCGAUGACAGCAUGAUCUGCUGCGACCUGGACAUUCACGCCUACCACCGCCUGAGCAGCUCGAAGCGCUUCUACGCCAUCGUCUACGUCCAGUCGGAGCAGCUCAUUGUGGCGCUGAGCGGGAAGCAGCGCGCCAUCAAGCUGAUUCCCAUUCGCGCCCUCGACAAUGAGAACAUCGAGUGGAUCAAGAUUGCCGAGUCGAAGAAUGCCACCACCUUCACCGUCGCCUACGACUCCGGCGUCGCCUACGUCGCCGUGGCCGUCCGCAAGACGCUGCACAUUUUUGAGAUUACGCGGAAGAAGGCACGCUACGCGCCGCACCGCGAGAUUCAGAUGCCGGUGAACAUUCAGACGCUGAACAGCUGCAGGGGUAAUCUGAUUGCCGUCGGCACCAGCUCCAACUUUAUCGUCUACCACGUGAACCGGAGCGAGACGCCGCUCUACUUGGUCAAUCAAGAGUCGCCUGAUCUGAUUUACCUCAUUCAGAACACCAUCGACCCGCUGCUCUGUGUGCCAAUCGACGACAAUGAGUGGCUGCUCAUCUUUGCGCAUUACGGUGUCUAUGUGGACAAUCACGGCAAGCGAACACGCAGCGUGGAGCUGCAGUACCCUUCGCAGCCGUGCUACGCCUCGGUGCUGCGUUCCUCCAGCCACAAUAGUGCCACUACCACCACCACCUACCUGUUGAUCUUCUCGCUGACACAUAUCGACGUCUUCAAUGUGGAGCAAACCAAGUGGGUGCAGACCAUCAACCUGAAGGCGACCAAGCCGCUGCAGACCUUUGGAGACAACAUUUUAUUCUGCGUCACCGAUGCCCUAGACAUGCCUAACAUUUUGCAGAUUGUGGUGGAUAGUGAUAGCAAGAUUAAAGUUCGCGGCGACAACAUUAAGGCAUUUACAAUUAAGAAUUUGAAUCAGAAGAACGUUAGCUCGCAGGUCAACGAGUUGAAAAAGAAUACAAAGAUUCAAAUCAGCGCGCCCACUGACUUCUCUCACAUUUCUCACCUGGGCCCCGGUGUGGGACCAUUUUCCGCCAAUUUAAUUGACUUGAACAAUCUAAAGGACACCAUGCAGCGUCCUCCCUCGAAGGAAUCGAUGACCAAGAGUCACUCGUCGCUGCACUACAGCAAAAACUAA